AUGUUCCUUAAAACCCUAGCUGGCUGGGCUAUAUUGGCCUCAGUCGCUAAUGCCACAUACCCAGUCAUUGACACUGCCCAGGGUAAAGUGAGAGGUACAGCCUCCGAGUAUCGCUCGAAUGUGACGCCCCCUACCUCACCAAAAAGCCACGAUGGAGUCCUGAACGCAACCAAGCAUGGACCCCAAUGCAAGCAGGAGAGCUCUGGCUCUGCGGGCAUUUUCUACACUGGCAGUGAACAGAUGAGCGAGGAUUGCUUGUAUCUCAACAUCUGGACUCCCACGUACGAUAAUGGCGAAGAACUUAAGUCUAAAAACCUGCCAGUCUACUACUGGAUCUACGGUAGCCGUUAUGAGAUGGGCCCUGGUGACGUGAAGACUUAUGAUGGAUCUGGUCUUGCGAUCAAGGAUAUCAUCGUAGUCACCGUCAAUUACCGUGUCGGUGCCUUUGGCUACUUUGCCCAUCCUGAGCUUUCGGCCGAGUCUGCUCACAAUAGCUCGGGCAACUAUGGUAGUCUUGAUCAAAUUGCUGGCCUCAAGUGGGUUCAUGAGAACAUUGCCAACUUCGGUGGUAACCCGAACCAAAUUGUCACUGGUGGACAGUCUGCUGGGUCAGCUAGUUCUCUGAUCAUGGCCUAUAGCCCUCUGUCACGCGAUUACGUUGCGGGAGCCAUUUCAGAGAGUGGUGCUCUGUCCCCACACGACCCAAACACCGCCAGUAUAGCUGUUAGCUACCGCGAUAAGACCGAAGCUGAGGAUUUCGGCUUGAAGCUCUCUAAGCAGCUCAACAUCACCACCCCGGCCCAACUACGGAAUUUGUCUGCGGAGGUUCUCAACAGCCUGGACUCUGAGAACGAGGACUUGCUCGCCGGAACUCAGUUCGUGAAUCUGGAUAUGGAGCCCCCAGAGUGGCGCCCCGUCAUUGAUGGCUGGGUCCUAAAGCAGAAAUACGGCCAGCUCCUCUGCGACAAUGAUCAUGCUGAUGUCCCCAUUAUGACUGGCUUUAACAAGGACGAGGGUAUCUCGGACUACAAUGCCACCUACUACAAGUCUCUUUAUGGAGAGGUGUUCCAAAACUUCUCUACUGAGUUCUUCAAGCUCUAUCCUGCUGAUAACGACACCCAGGCGACUGACAGUUUCAACAUCUGGAAGCGCGACAUGUCCCGUGUCACGUCCUUGAAGUAUGCCACGGAUUGGGUUGCCGGUGGUGCGGGCACAAAUGUGUACACCUACUUCUUCACUCGCGCUUCUCAGGAAGAUCACUCUGGUGGUGCUUACCACGGUGCAGAGCUGUGGUACACUUUUAACAACAUUCCUUACGCGGACUACACCGCCAACCUUACCUGGCCGGCAAAGGAUUACGCUAUUGCUGACCGUAUGUCUGAUUACUGGGUUAAUUUCAUCAAGUCUGGUAACCCCAACGGAGAGGGGUUGCCCAAGUGGGAGCCUUCAACCCAGGAGGCCAAGAAGAUCACGUACCUUGGUAACACCUGGGGCAUGAGGAGCAUCGCCCCCGAUGCUGUCAUUGAUUUCCUGAUGGAUUGGUUCAGCACUCUCGUCGAGUGGUGA